AUGAAGCGCGCGAGGGAGGAGGAACCAAAACCAACCAUGUCGCUGGCGCUGUCCCUGGGCACGGACUCGGCGCCUUCCGCCGGGACGUCUUCCGACUCGGGCGCCGGUGCGCCGGCCAAGCGCAGGAGGGGCGCCGUGGUGGCGACGUCGGGGGAGGGGGAGUUCGUGUGCAAGACGUGCGGCCGGACCUUCGCGACGUUCCAGGCGCUGGGCGGGCACCGGACCAGCCACCUCCGCGGCCGCCACGGGCUGGAGCUCGGCGUCGGCGUCGCCAGAGCCAUCAAGGAACGGAAAAAGCGCGAGGAGAAACAACACGAGUGCCACAUCUGCGGGCUCGGCUUCGAGAUGGGACAGGCGCUCGGAGGGCACAUGAGGCGGCACCGUGAGCAGAUGGCGCCGCGCGGCGCCGACGAUCGCUGGGUCGCGCUGCUGCCGGAUCAGGAGGUGGCGGGGCACCAUGCCGCCGCCGACCAGCCGCCGCCCGUCUUGCUCCAGCUGUUCGUCUAG